GUUUAUCCCAAGACUUUAUUUGGAUACAGAGAGCCAACUCUAUUCUUUCUGCAAUAGUAUUAGCAGGACAGCUCUAUGCUUAUUUACAAGAACAGGCUUGGUUAACUGGUUUAUUCAAACUGCAUAAGAACUUGAUGGUUUUGGAAAAGAGGCUUAGCUUCUAUUUUGGUCGUGAUUUGUCUAUAUUUCUUCUUUUAGAAACUCAGCGCUUCUUUUCAUAG